GCAGAGCUAAAUAGGGAGCGCGUCCCUCUAGACGUUAUUAGGCUACAUGGAGGCGCACUUCCGUCCCGCAUAACUCGGUUUAGGGGAGCAGGUGCAGGGAAGGGGACUGAAGCGUCACCUCAUAUAAAGCAAUACUAUAUUUGAUUUACAGUAGCGUUUAUUUUAUACCUAUACGCUGGGUCGGAAGAUGGUAGCAAAACAAAGAAUCCGUAUGGCAAACGAGAAGCACAGCAAAAACAUCACUCAGAGGGGGAACGUGGCGAAGACCCUGCGACCACAGGAGGAGAAAUACCCGGUGGGGCCAUGGCUUUUGGCACUCUUUGUAUUUGUUGUUUGCGGAUCAGCCAUCUUUCAGAUAAUUCAAAGUAUCCGAAUGGGAAUGUGAGUCCCAGCGUUCCUCACGUUCCCUGUCCUACCUCUGGAUGAGAUUUUUGGGUGACUGGAUACAAUCUGAAGGAAGACUGAUAGGUGGAAUCCUGUUUGUGGGUCAGAGGCUUGUAUGCUGAGCUGGAUCUAGUGUACAAUACUACAUGACAUUGUCACACAUGUUUACAGUGUCCCUGGAUGAAGGGCGCACAUGCUUUUCUACAAAACCAUCGUUGUUGUCGACACAUCUUAUCAUUUUUGUCAUAUUUAUUUGUGAUUGAUGAUUACCAUGAUCUAUUUCUCUAUUUAACCGUGUUUGCGUGAGCCUUUUUCAAAUAAACGUCAAACACAUUUGGGUAAUGACUCAUAUGCGUUUUGCAUAAGUUUUUGUUCUUUUUUUUUCUUUUUCUUUUUUAAUUUGAACUUUCAUGAAUGCUACAGAUGUAAAAAUGUACAUUUGUUGUGUAAAAUUAGCAGACAGAGCACUAACUGUAUAGACAACCCUACUGGAGAUAACAAUCAGAGAUCGUUAUGAAAUUUAUGGGUCAUCUGGAGUUUUCUAGCUUUGUAGUCUAUAAGAAAACAUGGAGAGAGUAAAGAAAGCAGUUACUUUAAAAAUCUAAAUAUUGAUUGAAUUUAGAGUCAUAAUAAGGGACUUAUUUAGAUUCUUAUCCAUAUAUAGCCAUUAUGCAUUGCACAGUUUAAGAUUGUAUUACGAACAGUACUAUGAUGACCAACAAAAUAAUCCAAUUUGAUUAACUUUUCAUAGUAAUGCUGUCAAAAUGGGCAUGAAGUGAAAAUUAAGCCCAUUU